UGCUCAGCCUGGGAUAUCCAGGCAUGAUUCACACCUGCGCCUGUCUCCAGACCGUCUCCCAUGGAAGGAGUGACCCGCUGCCCCCUUGGCAAGAGCUUCUUCCAUGCUGCCAACACUGAUCCUGCAGUAUCAACAUUCUAACUUUAGGGGAAAGGCUGUGGUGAAUUUCUCAAAAGGGAAUAGGAAGUCAUUUUUUUUCUGAGGCAGCCUGACACCAAAGGGAGGCAGCAAUAGUAUAAGAAGUGUGGCUUGGCUAGGAAGAAGAAAGCCAGAGGAGACGCAAAGGAGAUGGCCAGCUGCCUAAAAGCUUCCUGGAAGCCAAGACUCCAGAGUGUGGUCUUGGGAGGCGUUCAGCUCAUCUGGAUCAUUGCUUUGAUCUCUGAGUUUGUAAACCAGAAGGAAGUGGCAGCAUGGACCUAUAACUACAGCAUAAAGGCAUACUCGUGGAAUUACUCACGGACAUUCUGCCAGAAGCACUUCACAGACUUAGUGGCCAUCCAGAAUAAGAAUGAAAUCGCUCACCUCAAUGAUGUCAUCCCAUACUUCAACUCUUACUACUGGAUUGGGAUCCGAAAGAUCAAUAAUAAGUGGACCUGGGUGGGAACCAAUAAGACUCUCACAGAGGAGGCCGAGAACUGGGCCGACAAUGAGCCCAACAACAAGAGGAACAACCAGGACUGUGUGGAGAUCUACAUCAAGAGUAACUCCGCCCCUGGCAAGUGGAAUGAUGAACCCUGCUCCAAACGCAAGCGGGCCCUGUGCUACACAGCCUCCUGCCAGGACAUGUCCUGCAACAAGCAAGGGGAGUGCAUCGAAACCAUCGGGAACUACACCUGCUCCUGCUACCCAGGGUUCUAUGGGCCAGAGUGUGAAUACGUCCAAGAGUGUGGAGAGUUCGACCUUCCUCAACACGUGCUCAUGAACUGCCAACACCCUCUGGGAGACUUCUCGUUCAGCUCGCAGUGUAGUUUUCACUGUGCUGAAGGAUAUGAAUUGAAUGGACCCAGCAGGCUGGAAUGUUUGGCUUCUGGGAGCUGGACAAAUAAGCCCCCUCAGUGUAAAGCUGUGCAGUGCCAGAGCCUGGGAGCCCCUAUCCAUGGAACCAUGGACUGUGUGCACCCGCUUGCUGCCUUUGCCUACGGCUCCAGAUGUAAUUUUGAGUGUCAUCUUGGAUAUCAAGUGAGGGGCUCAGACACACUCCAUUGCACUGGCUCUGGCCAGUGGACUGGACCAUCGCCAACUUGUGAAGCCAUUGCGUGUGAACCUCUGGAGACCCCCGCCCACGGAAGCAUGGAUUGCUCCCCAUCCACAGGAGCACUUGAAUACAACAGCAGCUGUGCUUUCACUUGUGCAGAGGGCUUCGUGCUGAAAGGAAAUGAUGCAGUUCAGUGUAUUGACUUGGGACAGUGGACAGCCCCAGCCCCAGUCUGUGAAGCUUUGCAGUGUCAGGAUUUUCCAGUUCCGAGAAAAGCUCGGGUGACCUGCUCAGAUCCCUUUGGUGCCCUGAAGUACCAAUCAGUCUGCAGCUUUUCCUGUGAUGAAGGCUCACUCUUGGUGGGAGCAAGUGCAAUAAGAUGCUUGGCUACUGGGCACUGGAGUGGGCCUCUUCCAGAAUGCCAAGCUGUCACCUGCACAUCUUUGCUCAGUCCUCAGAAUGGAACUAUGACCUGUAUCCAGCCUCCUGAAGGUUCCACUUACAAAUCCACAUGUCAGUUCAUCUGUGAUGAAGGAUUUUAUCUGUCUGGACCAGAAAGAUUGGAUUGUUCUCCAUCUGGACAUUGGACAGGCACACCACCCACAUGUGAAGCCAUCAAGUGCCCAGGAAUCUUUGCCCCAGAUCAAGGCAGCCUGGAUUGUUCUCAUGACAAUGGAGAAUUCAUUGUUGGCUCUACCUGCCACUUCUCCUGUAAUAAGGACUUUGAGCUAGUGGGAUCAAACACUGUGGAAUGCAUGGCUUCUGGAAGAUGGUCAGCACCUCCACCAACCUGCAAAGGUGUAACAUCACUUCCUAGCCCAGAGGUGCACUGUCCUGCUCUCAAUACUCCUGGACAGGGCAAAAUGUCCUGCAGACACCAUCUGGGAAGCUUUGGUCCGAACACCACUUGUUACUUUGGGUGCAAAACUGGAUUUACACUCAGAGGAGCCAACUUGCUCAGAUGCAGGACUUCAGGACAAUGGACAGCAGUGACUCCAGCUUGUAGAGCUAUAAAAUGCUCAGAACUGCACAUAGACACACCAGUAUUGAUGAACUGCUCCAACCCCUGGGGAAAUUUUAGCUAUGGAUCAACCUGCACCUUCAACUGUCCAGAGGGGCGGUUACUGAAUGGCUCUGCAAGGGCAACAUGCCGGGAGAAUGGCCAAUGGUCAGCUGCCAUGCCAACAUGCCAAGCAGGACCACUGACCAUCCAGGAAGCACUGACUUACUUUGGCGGGGUAGUGGCUUCUACAACAGGCCUGGCAGUGGGCGGGACACUCCUGGCUCUGCUCAGAAAGCGUCUCAGGAAAAAAGAUGAUGGAAAAUGCCCCCUGAACCCACACAGCCACCUAGGAACAUACGGAGUCUUCACUAAUGCUGCGUUUGACCCAACCCCUUGAGAGGUCUGGUCUCCUGCCUCCUCCUUCAGUCUCUCAGGACUCUGCAUGCAGAUGCCAAGCUUCCUGACUUUAACUCCACUGUAAAUAAUGGGAAUCGAGCAAAAGGACUGUGUACAUUCCCACCUCUCCACCCAUCCUUUCCUGCUCUGCCUCUCACCUUCCUCUAGCACAGCCACAAAACAGGAGCAAAUGUUUCUGCUGUGGUCUGUGGCUUUGACCUUGCUUUGACUGAAAAUGGGAGUUAGUCCAAAGCCCUGGAGCAUCUGACUCACCAGGAGACCAGACUCUGGAGAGCUGAAGAUCUACUUUCUCUUGGGACUGAAGAGUGAUACUCCAAGAUGCAAGAGAAACCUCUAGCUUAAGGGAGAGGCUGCUAUAAGAUCUCCUGGGCCUUCCGAGUUUCCUUCUAUGAGGUUGUUUAUACCUCUGCUGCUGACAUUUUCACUGAAACCUCCAGAUGGUACCAGAGGCCACAGAAGAUCAAAAACAGAGCCAGGAUGCCACAACCUUCCCUCCACUAAUGCACCCAAAGGCCAUUAUUUGAAUAUGUAAUUAGACUCCCCCAAAUGCCAUGAUCCUCAUGUUUUGUUCACUAAGGUCUAUGUGUCCUAUGUUGUUUACCACCAAUGUGGCCACAGUUAUAGUCAUCCAAAUGACAGCUAGACCUUCCAAUGAGUCAGCAAAUAUAUGUCAUAUGUCCCCUGUCCACAGAGAAAAAAAAAUCAAAGGGACAAAAAAAAAAAAGGUCUUCAUUGCAUUACUGUUCUGCAGGAAAGAACAGAUAUGUUUUAUAUGUAAUUUAAUUAAUUCACGUGUUUAAUAAAUAAGUCCCUGGAAAUUA